GUCAUAUCUAGUGGACCAACACGACACCGGAAGCUGUUUCACCAACACGGAUACUGACUCAUUCAACCACCUCUUUAGCCUGGUAGCCAACAUACAACCGUAAACAUUAAAGCGCUUUAGACCAUUUUUUGUGUAAAUUGAUCUCGGUGUUUUUAACACAAUACUCUUUACGUAUCUACUAUUUAACUUAAAGUAAUUUGCUUGUUAAAUGUACAAAUGUGUUGAUUAUACUGAGUCUAGCACUAAGCUUAUCGUUAAUGCUAGCUAGCCCGACCAUGAACUCACUGAACGACUACCCUCCUGUUAAAGAAGAGGAGGUCUGCUGGACGGAGAAAGAAACUCUGGGGCUGAACAUUGUCCUGAAAGAAGGGAAGGGGGAUAUUAUAGUGAAAGAAGAGAAAGAGCAUUUUAGAGUGAAAGAGGAAGAGGAGGCUGUAACAUUGAACAAAGAAGAGGAUGAUAUUUUGGGAGAUGAAGGAAAGGAAGAGGAGACUGAAGAUCUGAUUAACACCAGAGAGAGACCAGACUCUCACUCUGACAGCGGAAAGAGUCCUUCAGGGGAACCAGACCCAGAGACGCCCAAACCAGCGAGACAACACCACUGCUCCCAAUGUGAAAAGAUAUUUUCCCUAUCAUGGGCCCUAAAAAGGCAUGAGAGGAUACACACAGGAGAAAGGCCUUUCCAAUGUUCCCAGUGUGGAAAGAGUUUUACCUGUUUAGGGAAUCUAAAUCGGCAUGAGAAGAUACACUCAGGAGAAAAGCCUUUCCAAUGUUCCCAGUGUGGAAAGAGUUUCGCCUGGUUAAGGAGCCUGAAGAAGCAUGAGAAGAUACACGCAGGGGAAAAGCCUUUCCAAUACCAAGGGACCAGCCAACCUUUUGAUACAGGAUGCAGUGGAGAGAGACCAGACUCUCACUCUGACAGCAGGAAGAGUCCUUCAGGGGAACCAGACCCAGUGACACCCAAACCAGCGAGACCACACCACUGCUCCUACUGUGGAAAAGUUUUACCCGAUUACUACACCUGA